AUGUCCACCACGGGGGAUGGAGAUCCGGGCCCUGGCAGGCAGGAAGGCCCAGCAGGUGCGGCGGGGACACAGGCCGGAGCCCGCGAAGGUGUGGACCGCAGCUCCGCGCCUCGCAGGGGUGACGCCAUGCCUGAGGCCGAGGCGGGUGGAGUCGCGGGGGCCUCAGGAGGCCUGAGGGAGGCGGCCAUGGAGGGCUGGAGUGCUGAGGAGGACUCAGACAUCGGGCCGGCAGAGGAGGAGGAGGAGGAGGAGGAAGAGGAGGAGGAGGGCGGCGUGGGCCGCAUGGUGGACGCGCGCCACUUCCCCAUGUCCGGCUUCCGCUUAACGUUCGUGGAUCUGGUGCACUCAGUGCUCAACCGUUUCUACUACAACAACCACGUCCUCGUCCGGCCCCCUGACGGCCAAGUGCCGGUCCGGCGCCGGACCCGGCCGCGCUUGUCUCAUCACAGCUCGGCCUCCAUGGCCGGGUUCCCCGAGGUCCAGGUGCCGUCGGUUGGACCGGGGGCGGGGCCGGCGGAGGAAGCCCAGGAGGCCGAGGAAGCCGAGGCGGCCUCUUUAUGGGAGACGGCCGCCGAGGCGGCCUCUCUAUGGGAGACGGCCGCCGAGGAGGCCUCUUUAUGGGAGACGGCCGCCGAGGAGGCCUCUUUAUGGGAGACGGCCGCCGAGGAGUCUGAGGAAUCCAGCUUGUGGGAAAUGGCGCAGGAGCCAGCCGCGCCUGCGGAAACAACUGAAUGCCAGGAUGAGAACUCCAAAGCAGCAGCUCAGGGCACCAAAAGUGAGGGGAAAGAAAAGGAGUAUAACAAAAAACAAGAAGAACCAGAAAAGGAUCUGGACCCAGCAAAGGACAGGCCCAGAAAGUCCAGUUUGGAAGACUAG